AUGUAUUCAUUCGAAGGGAAAGUGAUUGCCAUCACCGGCGCGGCCUCUGGAAUGGGAUUUGCGACUGCAAAACUAUUGGCUUCUCGAGGAGCUAUAAUUUCACUCGCCGAUAUCAACGAAGCUGCAGUCAAAGAAGCAACCGAAUGCCUCGAUGGAAGUGGAAAACACAUGUAUACAGUGGUUGACGUGCGCCAUAGCCAGGCAGUCAAUACCUGGAUCCAGUCUACGGUUGAAAGACUAGGAAAAUUAGACGGUGCCGUGAACAUGGCAGGCGUCAUUACUCCAGCCCAACCGAUCCAGGAAAUAUCAGACGAGACGUGGGAUUUCAAUUUUGCAGUCAAUACCCGGGGUGUAUUCUUCUGUUUAAGGGCCCAAUUGAAGGCGAUGACUGCGGGAGGUAGUAUUGUCACUGCUGCAAGUACCUUUGGGCAAAUGGGAUCGCCUGGCGUCUCUCCAUACUGCGCCAGUAAAGCUGCAGUCAUCGGUCUUUGCAGAACAGCAGCCAAAGAAAAUCAGAACAUUCGAGUGAACUGUGUUGCGCCAGGCUCAGUAAACACACCCAUGUCCCAAGGAGAGGAUCCAGAAGACGUUAAACGUGGCCUUCAGGCUACCGCUCAGAAACGACGAGCAGAGCCAGUUGAGGUGGCCAAUGUGAUUGCGUUUUUACUUGGCGACGAGGCGUCCUUUGUGACUGGAGCUGUUUAUAAUGUAGACGGCGGGUGGAUGUGUUGA